AUGGAGGAAGCAGUGGGUGAUGAGGUGGCUGAAGUUGGUGCUGUUGAGGGCCUACACCUCCGAAGUAAAGAGAACGAGUUUACAUUGAAGACAGGCAGCUCCAGUGUGUUGCAAUCCCGUGAAAUGGUAACACCUGGUGAGGAUGAUUAUAAUGAAACCACAAACAAUUAUUUUUCAGACAGCAUUGGUUCUUCUGAACGUGCAAGUGGCAGGCCUCGAUUCAUGGAUGAGGCGGAGGUCAUGGUUGAAGAGUUGACUGUGGAAAAUUAUGAUGGAGGAAAGUUGGGUAGAACACAACCCAAGCAAAUGAAAAAACAGUGGCAGCAUUUGUACCAGUUAGCAGGUGGAUCAGGAAUCAGCAGCUUCCAUGAACACACUGGGAACAAAGACAAGGGUCGAGCUAAGCCAGGUGAUUGGGAGGACGGAGGUGAUGCAUUCUUUUCUGAGUUUCUAGAUCAGAAGCAGCAACCAAUGGAUCAUGGCCAUAAUGCAGCCGUGGAUCAUGUACUUGGUAAUGAUGAGAAAGGUACUUUCAGUGAUGUGUCUGGAGGCAUCCGGACAAAGAUUUUAUCAAAAUCUGGGUUCUCCGAGUACUUUAUAAAAAGUUCACUGGGAGGCAAGGGAAUGAAACAUAAAGGCCCCGCUCAUAGAGGAUCUAGUAAUGAACCAGGGGCCCAAGCUCAUCCAAAAUCUUUCACUCUUGGUUCAUUGGACUCUGCUGCGCCAUUAGGUGUAACUGCAGACAUUGUUACACCACCUACAGGUUUUGUUUCUGAACCACGGACUAAUCUUAGUUCCAGUUCUUUUAGUGAUGGAAUCAGUUUGAGAGAAUGGCUGGAAGAAGGUCGAAUUAAUGCAAAGAAAGAUGAGAGUUUAAAUAUAUUUAGACAGGUUUUGGAUAUUGUGGAUUCUGCUCACUCCCAAGGAGUUGCCCUACAAGACUUGAGGCCAUCCCACUUCAAGUUAUUGGGAUCAUACAAGGUCGUAUACCUUGGAUCUUCUUUACAUGCUGGAGUUAAGGAAAAUGUCGCAUAUCAAGAUAUUCACCAAUCAGGUCACAGUGGAAAUGAAAAGAGGUCAAUGCAUCCAAGAUUGUUCCCAUUGGCCAGCAUGAAGAAGCAGAAAUUGAGUGAGAACGUGAACUUCAAUCGAAGGUUGCCUCAAUUUCCAUCCAGGUCUGGCACUAGAUCUGCAUCUGAAAAUGUUGCCAAAGAAUAUAUUGUCGGGCAACAAGAUUCUGGGGAUGAUUCUGAUGAAGACACAAAUUCUAAAAUCAAAUUUAAGAACCGGACCAAAUUCUUCAGCCAUGGCGUGUCUAAUUCAUCACAGCUAUUGCAGGUUUCUUCAAGGGGUAUGCCAGAGGAGAAGUGGUAUAGCAGUCCUGAGCUGUUCAGUGCGAGGGGCUGCACUUUUUCAUCGAAUAUCUAUAGUCUUGGCGUUCUUCUAUUUGAGAUAAUCAAUUUAUGCUAUAUGGAAACAAGUAUUUGA